AUGGAGAACACCCACCUUCCGGGCAUCGAAGAUGAUGUCUUCGGCUCCCGGGACGCGCCUAACCAGAGGCUCUCCCCAUCGCGGAACCAUUUUACCCCAAGUGACCCUAUUUCCACACGUCCGAUCCGCCACCGUCCUGAAGUCCAAAAGACGCACACCGGUCUGACACCACCCGUGAGGCGAGGCUCGCCCUUGAAUCCACAGAAUAUCGCUCAGGCGGAGGCCCGCCGUCGAUCUCGCCCGCCCGACGUUGCUCUCCCGUCUUCAGAUUCCUCUUCUCGACAUCGGAGGACAGUCUCUCAUAGCCUUGGAACGAUGGCUCGGAUUCCUGAUUUCUUUGGUGGGGCCUUGGGGGGUCAAGAUGCAGAGUUGGAGGUUGGGGUUUUCUCUAAUGAAUAUGACCUGGCGCAUGAAGACCCCAUGAUUCUCGAAGACGUGCAGCGUGCUAUCAGGUUGAAAGCACGUCGAGAGGCUCGUAUGAAGCGCGACUCUGCCCUCACCCCUGAAAAGCCAAUUGCACAUCCCGCCUCUCCUUCUUCCCCUCAUUCGAUAACUCCAUCCAGAAAACCUCUUCCGUCAUUUUCUCCUUCACCCUCCCCAUCUUUCUCUCCAUCAUCAAGCCGCAAACUUAGUAACAGUACAAGUUCAGAUGUGGAUUUCUCACCUUCAACUGGUGCAGAACCUCUUCCGCCUUUACAUCCAAUUCCAGCGUCUCUCGAUAAUGGCAUGACCCUGGACUGGACAGGUACUCCGACAGACGAUAGUGACAAGCGAUGGGCAAUUUCGAUUGGGAAAAAGAAGGAAAAGGAUAAAAUGUUGCCGCUAGGUGUCAUUAUUGAUCAACAAGAGAAGACCUACCAAGAGAAACUUGCCAGAAUAAGGAACUUAGCUUCGUCCCAGACGACCCGUAAAGCGAACAUCACAACUGAGCAGUUGGGCAGGCGAUACGAUUCAAUCUAUAAAUCCCUCGAAAAGAAGGUGGCCCUCAACCUCGCUGGAGUCGCCCGGUGGUACAGUGCUCAGGAGGAUGGUUUUCAUGAUUCCUUGGAAAAGGCAGAGCCGUUUACCUGGCUGAAACAUCUUGAAAAGCAUUCUGCCGACAAGAAGAGAUCUCCGUGGAUUCUAUCAGCACUGGUGAUGGAGGAAUACUGCCAUGCUCAAGAACACCAAAGCCAUAUGCAAACGAUUCCAGAGGACUCAACAUUGCCCAACUCCGAUGCCUCCUAUCCUCGGAAGUCUCGUCCUGCAUCAUUCCUAUCUGCAACACGAGUCCUUACCGACGAUCCUGUUUCGUUCGAACCAUUGGCAGAAUCAAAGCGCAAUUCGUUUGACGCCAUGUCCCGCAAGAGCGCCGAAUCCACCUUGGGCAGCGUCCGCAGCGGCUCGUCCCAUCCAAGUGCGCCGCUGUCGCCGAUUCCCUCUCGAAUCGCGGAGAGUACGAAGGACUCACAACCGACCACCAUACCUGAAGAUGCUCCCACCAGCACCUUCGAGAUGUCUGAGGAAGAACUUGCGACAGUUCGUAAACCGCAAAGCACCACAACCGCAUUGGUGAUACCAGGGGUAUCUGUUCAUCCUCCAUCGUCGGAAAGCGCAACAACGAAUGCACCUACCAAUAUUCCUGUAUCUCAGACGACUUCUACAGCGAGUUCAGGCUCUUCACAAAGAAAACCUGUCGGUAAAAAUGCGAAUCAAUCGCUCGCAUCUCUCAAGACAUCGCUCAAGUACGCGACGAUCGGCGCAUCUUCACCACGUCCCAAGGCCCCCAAGACCCGGACCAAGAAAGAACGCGAGGCUCGUGAGGAGCGACUUCGUCAAGAAUAUGAGAUGAAAGCCAACAUGUUACGUGAAGUGAAGCAUUACAAUGAGAGAGCUCGUAAGCUCCUCGCCCGAAUGGCGAACUUGCUGAAGGAGUAUGAUGAGGCUCGAGACGAGAGCCGGCACGACUUUGAUGCUGCUCUUCCCCGCGUGCCACAAGACGUGCUUGAAGCGUCUGUACACGACCCUUCUGGCACGACUUCGAAUCCAAAAACUCGACGUACGGCUGCUUGGCGGUAUGUAGAGGACAUUCACCAUCGGAUCGCUCGCCAGCGAAAGCUUUUCACGGACUUCAUUGAGUCGUUUCCGGACUAUGUGUCCAAUGAGGGUUGCUUCCUGGACGACACCAUCGAGUCUGCCCUUCGGACCUUGGAUAUUUUACGGAACCAAAAGGCCGAGGUCACUCGUGACUCUGCAGCGUCGGCAGAGCUUCUUGGGUCUGUUCAACAGGUUCAUGCCGAAGUUAAGGACAAGUACAACCAGACAGUCGCUCAAGCGUCUGUUAUAUACCCCGAACUGUCACACAUCGUUGCUCUUGAAGAGAGCUACAAAGACCAGUAUCAGCAAUUUUGGGAGCUUGGCAUGGAUGCCUUGACACUCCUACUGGAUACUGUUACUCCUUUUUGGAGAACGUACGGUAAGAGGAUUGGAGAGGAUGUCCGCGACUUCCUUAUUAUUCCUUUAUACCGGAAUGAGUUCACCGGCGAGGCCAGAAAGUACCCCAUCAAGCGUUCCCUCGACGGUCAUUUCGCCAUUGGAGCUGCCAUUUCUUCGAGUAAGAACUUCCGUCUCCACUCGAUCCCGUACCAUAGUGUCCGUUGGACUGCCCUGCCUUUCUUCUGGAUCGGCAUCAUUAUCCAGUGGUUUGCUGUCAUCAUUGAGUUCGCGAUCGUUUUCAUGCAACUCGUCGUUAUUGCUUGGUGGACAGGGUGGUUCGUCAAGUUGCUUUCUUGA